GUGAAAUAUUACUAAAAUAUAAGAUACUGUAAUUCCUAUUACGUUUAACGGAAUGUGUAAAAAAUAUAUCAUAAUAAUAAUAUUCCUUCUAGUAAUAAUAUUUGUGACAAAUUCUGAAAGAUCAAGUGGCUUAUACAUAGACAAUGGACUUGAUCAAACAAUAUUACACCGUGUUGCCAGCGUCAAACAAAAACGUGAAAUGGAGCAAAAUUUAUUAAAUAUUCUAGAACUGCCCGAGAGGCCAAAGAGAAUCGCACGCAGAGCCUUAUUGGUGAAAAGAUCAGCACCCAAAUUUCUGCUGAACAUUUAUAAAAAUAUUUUAUUAAACGAUAACAACAAAUUAAUUAUUGGCCAAUACGAAGACACGGAGAAAUUCAAUUUGAAUGGACAUGAUAUUAAUAUCAUUGAUCAAAGUGAUUUUAUCAUGACUUUCGGCGCACAUAAUCCUCAUUCAGGAAAUGCGUCGAAAACGAAUAGAGGAAAAAGAAUCUGGUUUGAUGUAUCAGAGGUACCAUAUGGAGAACACAUAAUCGCAGCUGAACUGCGACUUUUCCAAAGUUUGGAGAAAGGCUUUGAAUAUAAUAGGACAUAUACAAUUGCAUUGUACAGAGUGGCUAGAACCAAUAACGGGGGACGAAUGAAACAUUAUAUAAAUUCAGCUAAUACCACAACGGGUAAAGAGGGAUGGAUAAUUUUAAAUAUUAGUCGAGCACUUGAGUAUUGGGUUAAACAUCCAAAAGAAAAUCGAGGUUUAUUUUUAGCGGUACAUCAUGCCGAUUACACUGGCCAUAUUUUAAGACCAGAUGAUAUAGGGGUUGUAGGUGUUUCAGGGAUCCCCGAUAAGCAACCCUUCAUGGUUGGCUUUUUUAAAAGUCCCGAUAAUCGUGGCAAGCGUGAGAUACUGCGAAGACGGAAAAGAGAUCGACCGAAAAAAUUCGAUUUUAGUAGUAUGAACGUUCAGAAUAAUCCUUAUACUAGUCGUGGUGUUUAUAAAAAAAUAAACCCUUGUAACAUGAAAACUUUAUACAUAAGUUUUAAAGACCUUCAAUGGCAAGACUGGAUUAUUGCACCGGAAGGAUAUGACGCUUUUUAUUGCAGCGGAGAGUGCAACUUUCCACUGAACAUUCACAUGAACGCAACCAACCAUGCCAUUGUGCAGACUUUGGUACAUCUUAUGAAACCAAAGGAAAUACCGAAACCAUGUUGUGCACCCACAAAAUUGUCACCAAUAUCGGUACUUUAUUUUUUAGACGACAGUAACGUUGUAUUAAAAAAAUACAAAAACAUGGUCAUUAAUAGCUGUGGUUGCCAUUAA